AUGCCAUCCACGUUUGACAGCGAGAAUUUGUUACCAAAGCUUCCUCUCCCAAAUGUACAAUCCUCAAUCCAUCAGGCCUUGGAGGCGUUGAAACCAAUGGUACCUGAAAAUGAUUUUGAGAAGCUAGUCCAUAACGCAGAAGAGUUUGCCAACUCGGAGAUUUGUGAAACCUUACAGUCUCAUUUGAAGAAAAUCGCCGACUCUACUGACAACUAUCUACAUUCAGAAGGAAUAUCCACAACAACUUCCAAUGUAUACGGAGAUUUAAGAGGCCAGACUUUACCUCGUAACCCGUUUUUCAUUCUUGAGGAUGACCCAAUGAAGAACAUUGUGCCCUCCCAAGAAUACAGAGCUGCUGUUUUGACUUGUUCAACUUUGAGGUUUAUUGUUGCUUUGAAAUUCGGAUACUUAAAACCAGAUUAUGAUCGAUCUUCAAACAACCCGCUCUCCAUGACUGCGUACCAUAACUUGUUUGGCACUACAGUUAUCCCUAUGAAUAACGGUGUCACAAUGAAGAAGUCAGAAGGCUCCAAACAUAUCAUUUUCAUGUCCAAUGGCCAAUUCUAUUCGUUGACAGUCCUAUCAGAAGAUUAUCAAAUUUGGUUCUCCAAACAUGAAUUGAGCGCUAUAAUUAAAGAGAUUAUUCAUGAUUCAAUUCAUCGGAAAAAUAACUUUAAUGUCGGCACCUUUACAAGUGAAGCUAAAACAACCUGGAAGGCGGCAAGGUUUGCCUUGGAAAAAACAAAUUCUCAACAAAUGGAGGUGAUUGAUAGCGCCUUAUUUAUUGUGUGUUUAGAUCAUGAAACAUUUGACUUGAAUCACGUGAACAAUGAAAGUAAUAAAAUCCAAUUAGUUUCACAUGGUACUUCUAGAAUUGAUAAAAAUGGUCAUCAAUUUGGUACUUGUAUCAAUAGAUAUUAUGAUAAAUUGAAUAUAGUUGUUACUAAAAAUGCCACUGCAGCUUGUAUUUAUCCAGCCUCCAUUAUUGAUGGUACUUCUGUUUUGAGAUUUAUUAGUGAUAUUUAUACCGAUUCAGUUUUAAGGUUGGCAAGAAUGAUCAAUGGUAAAAAUUAUACUCUAUGGACAGAAAUCAAUACUGUUCCUAUAGAUAGUAAAAUUGUCAAGCCUAAUUAUCAAUAUCUUAAGUUCAACCUAACUAAUGAAAUUGCGAAUGGUUUACAUUUGGCAGAGUCUAGGUUGGCAGAUAUUAUCAACCAGCAUGAAUAUGUUGCCAAGAAGAUUGAAAUGGGAAAGUCAUAUAUUCGUGACAAAAUGAAGAUACCAACGGAUGCCUUUGUCCAAAUUUGUAUCCAAAUCACAUAUUAUGCUCUUUACGGUAAAUGUCCUUCAACUUUUGAGCCAGUCUCGACUAGAAGAUUCCGUGACUCGAGAACAGAACCAAUCUGUGUCCAAAACGAAUAUAUUCUGGAGUUAUGCCAAGCGUUUAUUUCUCAAACCACAGAAGAGGAAAAAUGGAAGUUGAUUCUACAAGCUAUAGAGAAACAUCAGAAAAAUGUUAAAAACGCAAGUUCUGGUCUGGGGUUUGAAAGACAUUUGAGUGCUUUAAGAUCUGCGUUUAUUCAAAGAAAUACACUUAACAACUUGAAUCCAGAAUUGCCAAAGAUUAACCCAACUUCAUUACCUCCAUUUCUUUUCGAUUCCUUAAUUGAAAAUCUCUAUAAACCAGAAUUAAUUGCAGCUAAUUGUGGAAAUCCAGCUCUUGACUAUUUUGGUAUUACGCCAUCUGUACCUUCUGGAUUUGGUUUUGGAUAUAUAAUUAAAGAUGAUUAUAUUACAAUUGUUGGAUCAUCUCAAUGGAGACAAACUGGUAGGUUUUUGGAUACUCUUGAAAGAGUAUUUUUGAACAUAAAACAGAUUUGGAGAAAUGUUGUCAUUAACCAAUCGAAUAACAGAGAUACUGACUUGCAAGAGUAUAUCAAGUCAAUCCCAAUGUCUCUUGUUCAGUCCAAUAAUUCAUCUUGGUUACCCAAUAUAAAUUCAAAAUCAAAAUCAAAUACGAAGGCUGAUGCAUAUAUUAUGGGAGGUUAUGAUUACUUUGAUGUUGGUCAAUUACACGUCAGAUCUGAAAUGGCUUCAAGGGCCCAAAGUCAAGCUGUCAGUAGGGCAAUCAGUAGAGCUGGAAGCCAAGUGAAUCUAGCCAAAAUUCCAAGUUUCAAAAAUGUGGAUUCCGCUCACAGUGAAAAACCUCCUACUGUCGGCAGGCUAUUAAGUUUACAGACCGAUCUAUAG